UUUUCUGUAUAUAUUUUUCAACAUCUCUGUGAAGCCAUGAGCAUGGCUUUGCCAUCCUUUCUCUUUUGCCUGCCCUUCUUGAUUCCAAAUUGAAUCCCUUUUUGCUCCUUUUUUCUCUUUUCAAUCAUUGAUCUUGUUCUUGUUCUUAAUUUCUCAAUUCAAUCCAUUUCCUUGUUAUGAGUUUCAUGGAUUUGUUGUCAUCUGUGGAUUGGGAGGCUGAAUCAUAUCCAGAUUAUGUGGAUUUUCUUGGUCUCCCUUUCAUGGUGAUGUUCUUCCCAAUUGUGCGCUUCUUGCUCGAUAGAUUCAUCUUUGAGAAAGUAGCACGGCGCCUUAUUUUUGGACAAGGGCAUGAAAAGCUUGAUGUUGAGACAAAACAAAGAAGGAAAAAGAUCAAUAAGUUCAAAGAAUCAGCUUGGAAAUGUGUUUACUUUCUUUCGGCAGAGUUCAUAACCCUUUGUGUUACAUAUAACGAACCAUGGUUUAAAAAUACGCGCUACUUUUGGGUAGGACCAGGAGAUCAAAUAUGGCCUGAUCAAAAAUACAAAUUGAAACUUAAGGUUGCAUAUAUGUAUUCUGCUGGAUUUUACACAUACUCCAUAUUUGCUCUGAUCUUUUGGGAAACAAAGCGUGCUGAUUGGGGAGUUUCGAUGUCCCAUCAUUUAUCAACUGCUAUUCUCAUAAUCUUGUCUUACUUGUUCAGAUUUGCUCGUGUCGGCUCCAUUGUUCUAGCUCUUCACGAUGCAUGUGAUGUGUUUUUAGAGACGGGAAAGAUGUCCAAGUACAGUGGCAAGGAGCGGGUCGCUGUUGUUAUGUUCUUUCUUUUUGUUUGCUCAUGGGUUAUAUUUCGCCUCCUAAUCUUCCCCUUUUGGGUUAUUCGAAGUACAAGCUAUGAAGUGGUCUUCACUUUGGACAAGGAUAAGCUCAAGAUGAAAGGACCCAUAUAUUACUAUAUUUUCAAUUCUCUUUUGAUAUCUUUGCUUGUCCUUCACAUAUAUUGGUGGGUUUUAAUGUUCCGAAUGCUUGUGAAGCAAAUCCAAAACGGAGGCCGGGUAGGCGAUGAUGUUCGAUCUGAUUCUGAAGAUGAGGAACAUGAGGACUGAGAUGAUCAGAUUUACGUGUCUUGUGUUACCGGCUGAAAUAUGUAUCGAAGACUGUUGAAGAUUCGAUCACCACCUCUAAUGUAGUCAUCGGAGAUCUGCUUAGCAAAGAGUUCAUCAGUUCGGACUCGCACCGUUAUGCCAAGCUUAUCUCCUUUGUGAUUCUAAUUUGAUGAAAAUUUUAUCUUCUUUUUGUUUGAGAUCAUCAUUCCAUAGUGUUAGUGUAUUUUUGUAUUUGUAUAUUCAUUCAGAAUCAAAAGCAAAAUUAGGGUUACUGCCAUUGUUCAA